AUGCCAAACCAUUUAUUCAGAACUCACCCAAGAACCUACGGAAAAGAUUCAAGAGGUUAUCUAUAAAUAAUAUUAAUUAAGAAUGCAGAGUCUGCGGUGCUAGACAAGGUUUGAUCAGAAAAUAUGGCAUGAAUGUUUGCAGAAGAUGUUUUAGAGAAAACUAUGAAUUGAUUGGUUUCCACAAAGUAUAUAUUCAUUAAGAAUUAUUAAGUAUAACUGA